CUUGCACGGACUGAAGUAAACCUCGGCAAAUUCAUGAUUCAUUAACGUUACGCCAUUACUCUUUUCUAAAAUGUAACGUAGCGUAUCGCGGAGGGAAAAAAACGCUCUAGUGGAAAUUUGUAACAUUUGGAAUUUCUCAUAACUAAUUCACAAUUUUUUUUUGAGGAAGCAGUUGUGCAGUCAUCUCUGGCCGGGGAGGGAAGAUUUCUGGAGCGGGAGCCUGUUUCGCAUGAGCUGCAUCAUUUUUGGAGAAGCACAGGCUCAGAGGAGGUGGAGUCAUGAGUGCACAAGAGGCACCCAUACCUGGGAAGGAGAAGUCGGAUGGUGGGAGUGCGGCCACAGAUGGUCCCUCACCAACCUUAGUCCCAAAGACUAAGAACACAACUCCACCACCGGUCACAGUAAAGAAAGAGCCUGGGACCUCAGAAACUAGUAACGGGAAAGUGGGUGAUGCCAAUCCUGCUGAGAUCUGUGUUGUCAUUGGAGGAAAUGAUGGAGGAGCCAGUGGAGGUGCAUCCCGUAGAGCUCAGACCGAGGGUAUGUUUGCCCUUGGUACUCCUCCUCCAACGAAGAGCACAGACUCAUGCAUAGGUUCCUAUGUAUGCGGGGUAUGUGGGAAGAAAUACAAAUAUUAUAACUGCUUUCAGACACACGUCAGGGCACACAGAGAAUCAGAUAGCAUGAUUGCAGAUGGUCUACCCCAGACACCAAACAUCUUGUCUCCUCACUGUAGCCGCCUUCCCAUAGGUGACAUCCUAAUACCAGAUAGCUUCCGUUACUCCUGUGACAUCUGUGGCAAGAAAUAUAAAUACUACAGCUGCUUCCAGGAGCACCGUGACCUGCAUGCAGUUGAUGACCCAUAUGAACAGGUAGUGUUGCCUGUGGAUGGCCUUAAAGAGGAGGAGCCAGUUGAACCCUACCAGAAAAUUGGACCAAAAACGGGGAGCUAUGUUUGUGAGUUUUGUGGGAAGCAGUACAAGUAUUUCAACCCAUACCAGGAGCACGUUGCUCUUCAUACACCAAUGGGCUCUUUUGAUUUGAAGACAUCACGGGUACAGGAAUGUGGUAGCAUGGAUAUGAGUAAAUUUGGCCACAGCCAAACUGGUAAGAUUAAAAACAGUCCAUUCAGGCGGAAACUGGAAGGUGCAAUUCAGUCUAGUCUGGUUGACACAAACAGUUCGCAGAAUUCAAGCGGAACUCCGAGCCCUCUGGUGGCCAGUACCUUCUCUACAACCCAGAAACCCUACACUUGUGGUGCCUGUGGCAUCCAGUUCCAGUUCUACAACAACCUGCUGGAGCAUAUGCAGUCCCAUGCUGCGGACAAUGAGAACCACACCAAAGGGGACUCUCCCAAAACCUCCUCAGCCUCCGGUCCUCAAGAGCAGAUGUGGAGAGGCUCUCAGGCUCCGGCCCAUUCCUCAGUUAAACUACAAAUCCCGCCUCAAAGUAUCUCCCAGAGAAACCACACAGUCAGCCAGAAUAACGGACUACCUGAGAAGGAACGACAGCAGGUGGCUGAACGCCUCUUACGGGUAAUGUGUUCAGAUUUAAGCAUGCUCAACGUGCUCAACAGCAAGGACUUCCUGAAGUUGGCACAGACCCUAGUGGAUACGGGUGCUCGUCAUGGUGCCUACUCCACCCGUGAUGCUUUUGGGAACAUGAGUGCCUUGGCACUGCGCCAGCUGCCCCGCAUGUACAACCAAGUCAAAGUCAAAGUCACAUGUGCUCUAGGCUCCAAUGCUUCCCUUGGUAUCGCUGUCACCUGCCACUCCCAGACAUCAGGCACAGAUGCUUGCUAUGUUCUAACAGCCUAUCAGGUGGAGGGGUCAAGACUGAAGCGCUAUGUGCUUGGGGUGAGGGAGGCUGAACUGAGGGAAGGGCCCGAGCAGGUUCACCACUGGGUGCAGAAUGUGCUAUCUGAGUUUGUGAUGUCAGACAUUCGCACAGUGUAUGUCUCAGAGCCCAAAGUGUGGGCAGCAGGAUUUGCAGGAUCCCCACUUGGUGGUGGUGGCCGGAGCAGGAUAUGCUUGCGAUGUGCGGGGUGUUCACUUGGUGCAGUUGUCCAGGCUGUUCUUGGGAAGCGUAGCCUCCAGGCUCGAGGCCUUCAUGAGUUGUCUGAGCUUCUCUCAACGUGCCGAGAUAUUGCUUCCUCCACCACGUUGUCCCUUCGUGAGGAACAGUGCACCAACACAUCCACAAGCACAACUGAGGAAGGUACACAGGGCAGCCCUGCACAAUGCCCCAACCCUCCUUGCUGGGAUCGCAUGGCUGAAGCUCUUCUGCAGGUCCAUGCCCACUUUGAACAGAUUUGUGAGGCUUAUGGACGCAGUAAGACCACAGCUCCUCUCCUCCAAGGUCUCAACAAGCAUCUGCUAGGUACGCUGGCUUGUCUGCUGGCACCUCUGCGUCUGGCAGCACUGGAGCUGAGCAGCCAGAGGAGACCAACCUUACAGCAGGUGCUGCCCGUCUACCUACGCUUGGAGAAGUUUUUCACUUCCAAAGCUGGAGAGGCUGGAACUGGCACAGCUAGCAAACUCUGCCACUACUUCCUAGAAGCACUUAAGGAAAAUUUCAAGGUUGAACGAGCCCACCAGGUAGCCAUGGUCUUGGACCCACAGCUCAAGCUGCGUUCAGUGCCAGCCUACCAGCAUGAAGAUAUAAUCUCCCGUGCAUGCGAAAUGGCUGCUGAAUCCAGGGAUGGAGGUAUGACUGGUGGUGGAGGUUCAGGUGGUGAAGAGCGUGACAAUGAUGGCCCACCAACCCCUAAAAUAAGCCGCGUAGAGGGAGGGGGAAACAACGGUGGCACCCUAAGGGGUACCUCCUCAUCUUGCACAGUGUCUGGUAAUGAUGAGAGUCAGAGCCAAGUUAGACAAGAGAUUUUUCAAUACCUGGCUGAGCCUCUUCUCCAAGGCACACCUGACCUCUUCCAGUACUGGAGCUCAGCAGUGAAUGAGAAGUUUCCCAGGCUUGCUCGCUUGGCAAUGUGGCUCCUUGCUGUGCCUGCUGUGGGCAUACGCAAUGAGUGUGCGACUGUGUGCGAGCAGAGCCUGGCUAUGAAAAGGAGGCAGCAGGUAACCACCGAGGAGAUGAACAAACUCAUUUUUCUUCGCUCCAACAUGGGCUAGGAGAGAAAGUCAACCAACCCUUAUCAACCAAACCUUCACCCCCAACCAAUGACUGAAGACUAUUAUUUAUAUACUGUAGGUUUAGAACUGUAAACUUAAAUGUGUUAAAUACUCCUCAAGAAAGAUAUUUACAGGAAACUCACAUUGUAUAUGUUGCAACACCAUAAAACAAUACGACUUAAUACAUUUAUAUGGUCCUUUCAAACAAACAGUACUUUACAAUUACUACUUUUUCCAUAUAAGAAAGAAUUGUUUGUAAAGUACUGUAGACAAAAUGUAGGGGUGGAAUGGUAUCUCAAAAGAUUGUCGUGUUUGGUACGCAACCCUCGGUUUGGGACGCACAUGUAAGCAGGAUCAGUCUUAUCAUGGCCAGUGACUUGAAUUACUCCAGCCUAAUGACUAUACUGCUAAAAGGCUGCAAUGCUGUUAUUCUCACUGAAUGGCAACAUUUUCAGGUAAAGUCAUAUUUUCAAUUAUCUACUAAAUAUGACUGUUCUCAUGACGCUCCUACAGUUAAUCAGUAAUGGUAAAUUAUUUUGUGUUCGUGAAAUCAGCGGUAUUUUCUCAGGAAUGAGUGCACCCAAGCAGGCGCCGCUACGUUUUCCCUUUACUGUACUGAAACCAUGUCAAACUUUGACCUCAAAACCGAGGUAUGUACCAAACUGUGACUUUUGUGAACAUUCCACCCCAAAUGCAUUUAGUGCCAUUUGCAACAAACAAACCCUCACCCUGAUCCAUUUUUUAUUUUUUCCCCAGCAUAAAGCAAAUUCUGCCAGUACAUUCGCUAAGGUCCACACAUGCUUACUAAUAAAGUUAUUUAUUUAUUUUAUGGAUUCUAGUAUACAUUUACACAAGCAAAUGCCUCUUGUAAUGACUUGGAUGAAUCACAGUUAUACUGUAAAUUUGUUUGUUGCCUUUGGUACUAAUUAGUACUAGUUUGUCAUUUCUGUCUUUGGGCCUUAAGUCUCUUUCAUGCAACCACCUUAAACCCUUGAGUCAGAACCAACACCAUGCCUUUUUAUUGCUGUUAAAUGGCCUUCUUUUCACCAUGCUUUCUAAAGCUUGUAGUUUGAUUUUUCACUCCUGUAGACCCCAGGGACCUCUGGCUGAUGGUUUGAAACAGUGUCCUCUAGUGGGCAAACCUCGAGAAAUCUCCAUCAUAAACAACUGGUAUUUUACAAGUGCUUUAUUCCUAAAUUCAAGUCACCUCUUGGGUAUAAACAGGUCAGGAAUUAUUUCAACAAUAACACAGCCAAGCACAAGUAUCCACUGUAUUAAACUAUACUGAAAACCUAUACUCAGUAGGUCAACUCUUCGUUAGGUUCAUACCAUAGCAGCAAAAUGGAUCAAUACUGAUAUUGUGGUAUGAGACUUCCAUUUGGAUUUUAUUUAUCUUAACUUUUUUGAUUUGGCUCCUCCACAUGAAUCAAAGGCUACAUCAUACUCUUUCAAUCAUAUUUAAAAAUAUACAUAAAUGGUCAUAAUUAAAAAUGUCAACUGUAAAAAGAAACAUAUUUUUAUUUUUAAUGUUUCCCAACUUUAGACCCCAGUACAACUUAAGGUACAGUCACAUUACACUUGAAUGAAUAUUCACUUAGUCUCCCAUUCAUUUUUGAUUGAAUUUGACAAAUUCAAACAUCCAUUUCCUGUUUCAAUAUGAACUCCAUGGGUCAGAGUUCACUUUUGUUCAACUUUUACCUCACAGAUGUGCACAGAUCACCGAUUAUGAACUAAACUUGGAGCCAUGUGGCACCGCAUUCUUUUUUGCAACACCAGAUUAAAAACUGCUGCAUCUCCCUUAUAGACAGUUUACAUUUAGUGGUCGCUCUGAUCAACAUUUAUUUAUAACCCAGGUUGGAAUUGUGACAUGUCCUUUUUUGAGGCUGAGUGCAGGGCAAUUUUGUUAAAUGUGACUGUACCUUUUAGUUUCUAAGGACACAGGAAGUAGGAAGUCAUUACACUGCACAUGGGGAAUUAUAGGGCAUUUGAGUGAAUGGGCUGGAAAGUGUAAAGCCAAAAACAGACAGGUCUCCCUAAAAUGCUAAUUGUUUUAGUCCGCCUGAAUGCAGUUGUGUAAGUUUUAAGUUAUAUAAGAACAUUUGUCAGCUUUUAUUAUAAAUGCAUUAAAGGUUGAAAAUUCUUGAAUUAUGUAUGUCAAAGGUGAAUGGCUCUUGCAAACUACAUUUCUUUUGAUAGACUGUUGCCCUUCUUACCUCAUUUACAGCUUUGAUUUAGUGUUUCAUAAAUGCAUUUCUCUUCUUUAAAGGUCCCAUGGCAUGAAAAUUUCACUUUGAGUUUUUUGUAACAUUAAUAUGAGUUAUGUAUGAGUAGAAAUGGCGUUAAGUGUAAACCGAGCCCUGGGUAUCCUGCUCUGCCUUUUGAAAGUGGAAAAAAGCUCCUUAUGAGGUCAUAAGGAGCAAGGUUACCUCCCCUUUCUAUGCUUUGCCUGCCCAGAGAAUUUGGUCCACCCAUGAGAGAGAGACUUAAUGGCUUUCAAACCAGCAAAUUGGCAGUUGGUGAAGGCCACACCCCAACCCUCCACUCCGGCCCCCCCCUACCCCAGACUCAGAAACAGACUCAGAAAUGGCACAUACUAAGGAAAGCUCAUUGUGAGACUGGCUCUAGUGGCUGUAAUUCUGCCACUAGAGCCACUAAUUCUGCACCAAGGCUGAAUUUUGGGAAAGAGACUUCAGAUAUGGUAUUUGGGGACCACUAAGGCCUGUAUAAAAGCCUCCAAAAAGCACCAUGUCAUAGGACCUUUAAGAGCAACUUAACACCCAGCUGAAAAGCACUGUUUUGCUGCCCUCUCUGGUUGAAGGUAGCCUGUUUCACCAUUAGUAGUAGAUGGAUGUGGUCAGAAACGUGUUCUGUUGCUCCUGUAACCCCACCCAACAGUGAUGCCGUGGGGUCUUGGGAGUACACGUAGAUCACUGCAGCCAAAAAAAAUCACUGCAGCCAGGUGAGAACUUAAACCACAAGAGAUCAGCAAAGAGGAUAUUUUCAGGAAGUGUUCGGUCACUCUGUACUGGUUUCUUAACUGAUUGUUUUCAUGCAUUAAGAUUCUUGAAAGGAAUUAUGUCAUUCGCAUUUCAACAUUUUUUUUAUUUUCUCUUCUGUAAGGCUUGGAGUAUGAUUUGAUUCAGUGUAACCAAGAAAUACAUAAUUUCAUCGUGAUAAUAUACUGGAUACAUUUAUAUUUUGGUUAAAAAAAGAAGAUUGCUGUAAAUUAUAUUUUAAAUUUAAUUUUUUUUUAAAUUACCAAUCCAAUGUUUUACCUCAGUACUCAGAAGGUAAUAUUGUAAUUUAUAGAUUGGAAAUCAAAAAUGUAGCUUUGGUCUAAGAUAUAGUGAAAAUACUGUACAUUGGUUUGCGGUUUUAGCAGUGCUCCUCGAAUGAACUGAUGAAGGGAUUUUUCUUACAGUUUUUAGUUUUUAAGUAUUUCAAAUAGGAUAUGCUCUGGGACAAAAUGCCAUUGUUGACAAAAUGAUGUCAACUUAAUUUAACUUAGAAAUAGCAUUCAUUUUGUUGAUUAAAUGGGAAUUAUAUCUAAGAUAUGCAUGCUUUUAAUAAGAGUACUGAUAUAUAAAGUUAAAGCCAACAUGAUUCACUUCCAUCGGAUGAGAAACACUGACUUAUGAGUAGACAUUACCUUAAGACACUCAUCUGGAGUCAGAUAAGCAACCUUUGGAGGAGGGAGUGGCGAUGCUAUUUAUGGGUUGGUAUUGAUGGCUUGACAGCAUCCAUUUUCACAGGAUGUGUUAUGUAUGUUUAAGAGAACUGCUGUUUUUAUGCCACAAGGGGGAGCCUUCAUUUCAGAGACACAGUAGGAAACACCAAUAACAUACCUCUAUUUUCUACAGUAGCAUUUAAAAGGAUUUUGAUAUAGAAAACUCAACUUCGAUACUGUUAUUAGAAAAUUUAGAUCAACUAAGUUUUAUUUUGUUUCAGGAUUUUAACUUAUUCAGAUAAUGUAAAAUAUGGUGUAAGAAUGCAAACAUGGAGAUCUUUUCUGUUUUAACUGUGGAUUACAGUAUACAUUAUCAAUUCAGGUUAAGAAACUAGUGUUGCUUUCAUCCUGUUUUAAAGGCAUUUCUUCCUUUUAUACUCUGCUAAAAUGCAAAAAUAAAUAGGUUUGAUUCUAUUAAUUUAGUCUUUUUUUAUUGCACUCUGGCAGCAGAUUCCUGUGUAGCUUUAGAUCUAAGUUGUCCUAUUAGUAAGCCUAAUUUAUACUUUUGUAGCAACACUAUUUUUAUAUAAUGGCAAAGAAAGGGUUCAGUGUCUUUUUCUUUUGUUUUUCUUGUGUCAUAUGUGGCAGCGCUGUUCAAUGUUUCUUAAAUACAUUACCCACUGUAGUAUGUGAUGUGUGAAUAAACUCCAAAUGUGUCAA